AUGGCAAGAGUAAGUCAACAAGCAAUGAUUCUUACUUCGGCGUCCCAAAUAUCCAAAUCGGAGAAAGAAUUACAUGGAAUGACACUUGGUUCAGUAUGUUCCUUAGCCGUAUAUCCUAAUCCAUUAUUACAAUUUAAUUUGCAUUUACCUUCAUAUACAUCAGCAGAAUUACAUAGGAAUGAAUACCUUGCGAUUCAUCUAUUACCACCUACUUCCAGAUCAGUACGUUUGAGUCGAAUAUUCGCCAAAGGUGUCAAAAAAGAUAAAUCAGGUAAAGUACUAGAUACAACCAAGGAAGAAUUGAAAGAUGGUCGAGUAUUUCAUGAAAUGACAACUCCAUUUGCAAAUCUUAAAUUAGGUCAAGAUUAUCAUUUACAUAAUAUAAAUCAAGAUCUUCAAAUACCAGUAUUAAAUGAUGUUGAAGAAAUAUUUAUUUGUAAAACAAGAAAUAAUUUCCCAGUUGAUCAUCAUGAAAUUUGGGUGGUGAAUGUUAUUGAUAUUUUAACUAAUAAAACUUAUGUAAAUGAUUAUACUGAUAAAUCAGGUGGAAUACUUUAUUUUAAUAGAGGAUUUCAUAAACUUGGGGAUACACUAAGAGAGAAUUAG